AUGGAAUCAAGGAAGCAGAACAAGGAUGAUAGGACUGUUGUUCUAGCAUUGCCGGCACCUGGGUCAUCAGAUUUCAGGCCUCCCAGAAGAAGGUCUGUGGUUCCCAGAAAGAAAAAAAACUCUGCACAGCAUAAAGAGGAGGCUUCUUCAAGUAAUCCCAUAGCAACAGGAGCACCUGCUGCAACUACUGGAACAUCAGAUCUCAACCUGCAAGCAGAAGACAUAAAUCAGUCACAGAUGAGAAUUGUAGAGGAAUCGAUAGACAUUGGGCAGCAAGCAGAUGCUGUGAACAACUUCCAAGAAAACCAGGUGGACCCAAUAGGGUUCAAUCAACAGCAGCCGGACAUUGCAAAUGUUGGACCACAAAUUCCAGAGCAAGCAGCUGGGUUCAAUCAACAGCAGCCGGACCUUGCAAAUGUUGGACCACAAAUUCCAGAGCAAGCAGCUGCUAAUCCAAAUGAAGAUAUGAACGACAUGUUUGAGUUUGCCCUUAACAACAGUAUCUUGGAUCUGGACUCGCUCGAAACAACACCAUAG